AUCUCAGAUUAGUACAAUAACACCACAAUAUAAAAGUAAGGACGGGCUCUAAUUUGAAGAUAUUCAACUACAUUGAACAGCGAAACAAAGAUGUGGGGGAUUGUGCUUUUGGAGGUUUUGGCGGUUUCUUUUGCCGGAAAUGAAGCUUUUAAAAUUUACACCGAAGGAAAUUUGAACUGUCAAAAUUCAGAGGUACAGUGUAUUACUAAUACAUCAUACACAACUUGUGCCACCGUAGAAUCGUUCACAAUACUUCUCAAUACCCGAAUAACAUGUCCUGAUGGUUACAUUUGUAAUGAUUCAACUUCAACUCCGUGUGUUUUACCAAACUCACAAAAAAACGAAACAGAUGACAACAGUGUAACUAGUACAACCAAUACAAUUAGUACAA